AUGGCUGUCGAUUCAGACCCACUUGACUGGAGAGUUGACGAGGUAGUGGACUUUCUUUGCAAUCCCAAUUUAGCUCCCUGGGCGCUGUCUGCAAAUUCGUCACGACCCGACCUUGUUGCUCUGGCAGCUGCACUCCGUGCAAAUGAGAUUGGUGGAGAGGCCCUGCUUUACGAUGUUGACUCCCAAGCUAUCAAGGAUGACCUAGGCGUAAAGGCUCUUGGUCAUCGCAGCAGCGUCAAUAGAGCCAUCGAAUGGCUGCGAGCGCGUUCGCGGAAAUACCAAAUAUCCAAACCAAAAGCCCCAUUGCCCGAAAUUCACUCCACCGAAUCACCCCUCAUAGGCCCGGCAUGUCCACCCCAUCAACCACAAACACCCCUGGCUACCUUUUUGGAAACCGCUUCCACCGAGCCUGUCACACCGUUUAACCCGACUGCCCCGCCUUUACCCCUGCAAACUGUCCGUGGCAAACGCAAGGUAGCUCCUUCGAUUGUGCCUGACUUCAGAAAGCAAAACUGUCCGCCAAAUGGGGCUCGUCUUCCAAACCAACAAACAUCAUCACUUUCACUUUCUUCUGAACCGAGCCUGAAAAGCCAAGCGGGGCAGUCCUCUGAAUUCAUAUUCAGUGAACAGGAUCAGUUUCAAACUGAUGCGAAACACCAGGCUUUCUAUGACAAGCUGCUACAAAAGUACCCACCAGGAGGCGCAGUAGAGGAGAAUGACAAAGUUCUCCCGCGAUAUGGAGAGUCUGGGUCAGAAGCCUCAUUUGACUCAGAAACCUGGGAUGAAAUUGUGGAUGACAACCCAGAACUGAAAUCUGGGAAGCCGAGUGCCGAUGAUGCCAAACUUUCGCAGCAAAAUGUCGACUCCAUCGUGUCACAGUACAUUGCAGAACAAGAAGAGCACUGGAGGACCAAUCGCUUGCCACGCAAACUCUCUCUUGCUCGGUUUUUCUGGCUGAAAGCUCAGCGUGAUGGAAGCGUGAAGUCUGAAAGUUCAGAUCGGUUCCAUCAUCUUCAGUCUCGCCUUAAUAGCCUCAGGACGGCAAUUCAUGAGGUUGAGUACCGCUCACGCGCCGGCAUAGACAAGUCAUGCAUGGCAAUGGAGCUGACAAUCUUUGACCUCUGCACUGAACGAUGGAAAUUAUCUGUCAUGAACUCAGACAUAUGUCCGCCUGCUGUGUCCCCACCCCCAAGAGCUCCGCGGAGUCAGAAGCAACGUUUAAGCUCCGAAGAUGCCCAGAAUGAUGAGUCUGACAAAUCAGAGGAUUUGGGAGAACUUUCUGACUCAGAGGAUUUCUACGAGAGUGAUGGCUUGACCGACUUCAUUGUUUCAGAUUCCGAAGAACAGAACGCUCAGCGCCUACCAACGGAACAUGGGGCCAGCGAUCACGGGGAAUCGCGGUCCCCCGUUCACAAAAGGCCACGCAUAACAGAGGAUGAAGGUACUGAAACUGUCGAUGCCAGAGCAGGGUUUUCACUUGUUUCUUCCCAGCCAGAGGAGGGUCUUGAGAUCGUUGAUCUCACUGAAACCAGAUCUGGAUCAGUCGUGGACAUGAGCCCACCCGCAACGCUCCUUUCAACGAGUCCAGCCCACGCAAGUGCCACGCCACAUUCUCAAGAUGUAGAUGAUAUGGAGAUUGAAACACCUCCUCUGAAUCCGAAUCCAUCACCCGCUCCGCAAGACGCCGACAUGGAACUUGAUCUGUCGCUGGACAGUCCUUUGAUCGACCCAGUAUCGGAAACCAGAAUCUCUUCUCCAAACCCACUGUCGCCAUUGACCAAUCCCGAUGACCCCUUGCAAGUUAAAGUCGGUGAUCAAUACUCUCGCUCUCUUCCUCAUACCACUGCCAGCGACAAGACACUUCCUGUGAACCGGGAUGAUAUCGAUCUCAUCGACACCGUUUCGAACCUGAGUUACAAGAAGGUCGUCUUCUCGAAGAAUCGCAUCCAACUGUUGGCAAAGACCAUUAUGAAUCUGAGGCCAGAUGAGCUCAUGUCAUACCCAACUCUCUUGGAUAAAAUGAUAGAGUUUGCAUACACAGACUUGGUUCAGGAAGCACUGAGAGCAAUGAUUCUCAAUCAAUCACAACUACAGAUGGGGGUAACGUCUUCCAUAGAGAACGCAUUUGCCAUGCGGAUGGGCGCAAUGUUCUUGUCCUGGCACCACUGCGUUCUUCUGGACCCUGCUGGCCUUCCUAGAGGCUUAAUCAGUGAAGCACUUGAGGCUAUAAAGGAUGACAAUCAAAUGUUCGAAAACUUUCUUCGCAGAGUCAAAACACUCAUUCUCGCGACACACGCCUGGAAUCAGGAAAAUCCAUCACGGAAGCCUUCAUAUGGCGAGAAGGGCGGGGGAAUGCCGUCGAAUACCCGCCCCACUUCAAACUCCGCUGGAGAAAAUGCCAACAAGAGAAGACCUGCAGGAAGGCCUGCAGGAAGAGGUCUUAGUACCCAGCAGAAGGAUGCCCAAAAACGACUGAAAAGACAGGAAACAGCUAGGGCGGAGCUAGAACGCGAAAGAGAAAGGAAAGGACUGAGUAUCAGUGAUCCAGCUGGGCAAGCAGUGACUUUCAAAGAACCCAUUAUCUAUCUUCAUCCGGAACUUGGGAAAUUUGUCAAACCACAUCAGUUGAUGGGUAUCCAAUUCAUGUGGCGGGAGCUCAUCGAAGCUACCAAUUCGCAAGGAUGUCUACUUGCCCACGUCAUGGGACUGGGUAAGACAUUCCAAGUCAUAUGCCUUCUUGUGACCAUCGCCGCCGCCGCGGCGUCAGAUGAUCCCAAGAUCCGCGAGCAGAUUCCUCGGAAGUUUCAUCGAUCUCAGACCUUUGUCUUGUGCCCGUCUUCACUGGUAGAGAAUUGGAUCGACGAGUUUGCCAUAUGGGCACCUAGAGACCAUAAGGUCGGCGCAAUUCGUGGCAUCUAUCCCCGUGGCAAAUCCGACGAACUCUUUGAACGAUUUGAGCAGAUCAAAGCCUGGAACGCAGAAGGCGGUGUUCUCAUCAUGAGCUAUGAAAUGUUCCGCAACUUGAUACAGAACAAAUCGACCAAAGUUGGCAGGGUGCUCAACAGCGAGGAACACGAGUUGCUUCAAGAAUGCCUCUUAUCCGGACCAAACAUCAUUGUCGCAGAUGAGGCGCAUAAGUUGAAAAGUGACAAGUCCGCCAUUUCGCAAAUCGCGUCUCGUUUUAAAACCACAAAUCGCAUUGCGAUGACGGGAUCUCCUUUAGCGAACCAUCUUUCUGAGUAUUACCAAAUGGUCGAAUGGAUCUCACCAGGCUACUUGGAAAAUCCUCAGUCUUUCAAGACCAAGUUCAUGGACCCAAUUCAGGCCGGAUCCUGGAUGGAUAGCACCAAAGCAGAGCAAAGAGAAAAUACUUCUGCAAUUGCAUCGGAACUUCCUCACAAGACAGAGUUCAUUAUCUGCGUGCCUUUGACGGGCCUGCAGAAAAGUCUCUAUAAUACUUUCGUGACAUGCCUGAAAGCGAGUCAAGAAACAGAUGCUGCGACAAAAUUGUGGACAUGGCUGGCUCUCUUGCAACUUUGUUGUAACCAUCCGUACCCAUUCCGUGAAAAGCUGGCAGAUCGAUCAAACCAACUAACCGAUGAUCCCUCCGACUCGCUCGAGGGGGACAACACUGCUUCCGUUCUCCCUAGGUCGAUAAGGGAUGCCGGGCUUCCAAGCAACCUCUUUCCCAAUAUUGAGGCUCUUUUCAAACAGAUCGAGAAACCUCUCGAUCCCGUAUUUUCUCACAGGUCUACCUUGCUCAACCAAAUCCUCGACGAGUCUAUGAAGGUCGAAGAUAAGGUUCUGGUCUUCUCGCAAAGUAUCCCGACCAUGGACUACCUUGAUGACCUGCUUGAAAGAUCUGGAAGGAAAUACCUUCGCAUCGAUGGUAAGACACUGGGGGCAGACCGGCAAAUGCUGUGUAAGCGGUUCAAUGCCACUGAUAGCGAACAAGUCCUUUUGAUCUCGACUCGCGCGGGAGGACUUGGCCUGAACAUUUUCGGUGCAAACCGAGUAGUCAUCUUCGACUUCUUAUUCAAUCCGACGUGGGAGGAACAGGCCAUCGGGCGUGCCUAUCGUCUUGGCCAAAAGAAACCGGUCUUUGUCUAUCGCUUCGUUGCCGGUGGAACCUUUGAGGAUAAAAUCUUCAACACAGCUGUGUUUAAAAGUCAACUUGCUGUCCGCGUUGUGGACAAGAAGAAUGUCAUCCGUGAAGGCGCAAAGAAAACUGAAGAGUACCUCAAACCUGUACGUGAUGUGGACAAGGAAAACUACGAUGCAAUUAUGGGGAAAGAUCCCCAAGUUCUUGAUAAAAUUCUUGUCGGACACUUCGGGGACAUCGUCCUGAAAGUGACCCUGUCGCAUAUUCAAGACAACGAACAUGAUCGCCUGACCGACGAAGAACGCGAGCGUGUUGCUGAUCAGCUGUUCAUGGAACAACUCAAGCGUUCGGAUCGAUCUGCAUUUGAGGCUGAAACCGAAAGGCGCAGAAUGGUGUUGGCCGAGAAGCAGAGGAUCGAAAACGAGCACAGGCGACAAGUACUGCUGUUGACGGCGCAGCAGCAAGAACAAGCCUUGGAACAGCACCGACAAAGACUGCAAUUCCAACACUGGCAAAACCAGCAAUGGCAAUCCGAUGUUCGUCAACACGCGCAGGGUCUUCCUUAUAUGAUGCAACGAGACCAUGUUUCUCAAGUCAGUCUCCCCUCGCAUCAUAAUGGGGUGACUGGUCCAAUGCAAACUAUCCCAUACAUGCCCACUGCGAUGAGCCUGCUACAAAGAACCCAACAUGCGGCGUCAAUGUCCCCAGUGAGAUACUUGCCCAGUUCGGUAUCUAUGAACCAACCGCAUCUCACCAACAAUUUGGCCCCUGCCGCGGUAUCAAUUUCCCCUGUGGGGUAUUUGCCCAGCAUGCACCAACCGCGAGCGGCUCUGGCUAACGGACAGUCUGCUGGGAGCCUCCGGGCGGCGAUAUUUCACAAUGGGUAUGGUCCUCCGACGGCUGCCUCUGCCUACACCGUGACGCCACCCGUCCCUGGGGCUUCGCCAGUGCCGGGUCACAAUCCGUCUGUGGCCACUAAUCAGCACCCAGUCCCCCCUGCUUGUCAUAUCAAUGCCACCUCCCCCGGAAACGAUCGCCCAGUACAUGAUGUCCCCACUCCAUCCACUCCUGAUGUUUUCACUCAAUUUACCCCUGAUGCUGCCGGCUCAGGUGUAUUCCAUCCCACUUCAUCCAGUCCGGGUGAGCCAAUCGAAAUUAGCGAUGAUGACAAAUACCCCCUACGAAUGGACACUGGCGAGAACGACGCAUACUCGCCACCACCAAACUUCCCACCACUUUAG